GUAGUUGCUGCAUUGAAGUCUUUGGUAGGUUUUCCGAAAAGGAGGGGUUGGGACGUAUUUUGUUUCUAUAUUUAUAUUUACCACAGUAUUAAAUGUCUCAUCAGACGGGGAUACGCGCAAAUGACGCCCUCAAAAAGUUUUUUGGAAAAUGCAAAGGGGGAAAUAUUCGUGUAUUUAAGGUCUCUAUAGAGAAUGAGCAACUCUCUUUGGCAAAAUUUAAAGAGGCAGUUGGAUCAUGGCAAGAAGAUUUUGACAACUGUAUUCUUCCUCUUGUCGAAGAUGAGCAGCCAUCAUACAUAUUAUACAGGUUGGACUCAAAAAAUACAUCUGGCUAUGAAUGGUUACUUAUUAGCUGGUCACCAGACAACUCUCCUAUCCGCCAGAAGAUGCUUUAUGCAUCAACAAAAGCCACACUUAAACAAGAAUUCGGUAGUGGACAGAUAAAAGAAGAACUUCAUGGUACAACUUUGGAAGACAUUACAUUAAAUGGCUUUAUGCGUCAUAAACAAGCUGCAAAGGAACCAGCCCCUUUGACAACAGCCGAAGAAGAAUUAGCAGAACUCAAACGCACUGAAGUUGGUGUUAGUGUUGAUGCCAGACACCAGACUUUGUCAGGAGUCGCCUUUCCUAUCACAAAAGAAGCUCGGCAAGCCAUUUGUGGAAUGCUUGAUGACACAUACAACUAUGUACAGUUAAGGAUAGAUCUCAAUGAAGAAAAGAUACAUCUUGCCAGUGCUGGAAAUGUUCCUGUAGCUAAAUUAAGCCAGAAAGUUCCUACUGAUAGUGCCCGCUAUCACUUAUAUAAUUUCAAGCACACUCAUGAAGGUGAUUACAUGGAAACCAUAGUGUUCAUAUAUUCAAUGCCAGGGUACUCGUGUUCAAUAAAGGAGAGAAUGUUGUAUUCAAGCUGCAAAGGUCCUCUCCUGGAAACGAUUGAGACAGAAAUUGGUCUCUCAGUUACAAAAAAGAUGGAAAUAGAUGGUGGAGAUGAGCUCACAGAAGCUGCAUUGUAUGAUGCAAUUCAUCCAAAAACAAAUCUUCACCAGCCAAAAUUUGCAAAACCAAAGGGCCCACCAAAUCGCGGAGCUAAGAGAUUAACUCGAACCCAGCAAGCUGAGUAACAUUCACAUCGGGCAGCAUGGUUAUGCUGCCUGUCAGGAAGUGAUGGUUCUGCUGGACCACAUGAAGUGUGAAAGUGGACAUGGUUGAACUGCUUUAAAACUAUCAUGCUAAUAUUUGCGGAAAAGCCUUGAAAAAAUAUUUUUUUCUGUGAACAGUAUUUUUGAUAAUGUAACAAGCUGAUUACGUAUAAAAUAUUUGUGUGUGUGAAUGUAAUGAUGCAUAUAUUUCUGUGAUAUUAUUCAGAAGGCACUAAAGUAAAUUAUGAUUGCAAUUAUUCUCCUUAUGGGAACAUCAGUAUGUUAAUACUGAAUAAAAUAUAAUAGUGGUACCUUAUUUAUUAUGUAAAUAUUUAAGCUUUUAAACUUUCUUUAUAAAUAUUUUAUCAGUCUUUAAAGAUAGGCAAAAAGUUAUAUUUAUUAUAUUGUAGCUUCUGCUUUAUUCAAAAUAAAACUGUUUCUGAAGAAAAAAUAUCCUUUCAUUAUAAAAUAUUUGGUAUGAUCCAUUGCAUGAUUUUAUUGUGAUUCAUUGCAUUAUUGUAUCAUCAUGUCUUCUGUUCAGAAACAUUUUUAGGAAGUAACUGCUCUUUAUUAGAAAGUGUACAGAGAUAAGAGAAAAAUGGGAAUACAAUAAUGCUGUCAAAGCUUUGGUUCGUAAUGUAAUGUGUAUCCAUCAGCUUGUGACGCAUCUGGCCCACUGUUCUUUCCAUGAUGUAAAUGCACUUUGGUAAAAUUCUGGGGAUUGAGUUUUACACCAGGAAAUAAGGUCUUUCUCGCUACCAAAUGUCUUGCCGCACAGGUGGACCUUCAGACGACCAAAGAGGUAAAAAUCAGACGGAUCCAAGUCUGGACUGUGGGGAGGAUGAGGAACAAUUU